GAGGACGCAGGGGAGGGAGGGAGGAGAGGCGGAGGGGUUGGCCUUCCACAAGAAGGCGUGUGCGGGCCCACACGGCACGGCUCGGAUGGAGUCAUGUUCGCUGCCCACCUCACGCCGACCAAAAGUACAUCGAUUCGCUAACUUCUGUCACUCGAUGUCAGAAGUGACAUUGCCACGCCUCCAUUGCAGAUAGCAACUGUUUCAUCAUCACUCCCCUUACAGAAGAGAAAAUAAUGAAGAAGACUCAUGUGUGAAUUCUUAUGACUUGGAGAUAGGGACUUUAAAAAGGAGAAGCUAAUCAACAUGAUCUGAAAGCUCCAGAUGAGGAAAUUAAAACUUGUAACUCAGCACAGAGACCACAAGUACAUCUUGAUAGUUGCAGAAGCCACGCAUCUGCUCUCCACCCCCAAAAAAGGAAGCAAAAGCUUGAGGGGGGAAAAUAAGAGAAUAACAGGCAAAGCUUAAAGUUGAAUGAGCACUUUGUGUCAUCUUAAAUGAAAACAACCUCUGGCAGAUCAUUUGCUCUCUCUUCUUACUGCAGCUGGCUGAACAGAUGCUUUUGACUGGAGGAUUGAAAUCUCUCCUUCCUCAAGCACGGAGAAUAAUUCAUUGCAAGAGAGUUCGCAUUAGUAACAUUUCUGGCAUGGCAAAAGUUCCAGGCUAUACUCAGGCCAGAGUCGUGCUUUUGCACAAGUCCCUGGCUGAUGACUUUGAGAAGUUCUGCCAUGCAAACAGUGGAGCACUGCCACUGCUGUACAGAAGUAAACCAGGGGAAUGGAAGUGUACUUCUCUGAGUAGCAAUUCUGAUACCAGAACUGACCAUCUGCAGUACAGAAAGUAUGAAUAUGGGGCUUUUACUGGAUCCCUAGAAAGUCUAAAUGAUUACGCUGAACAACUGAAGGACAUGGUGGCUUUCUAUUUAGGCUGCUGCAGCUUUAAUUUUGAAAAAGUACUCCAAGCUGCUGGCAUUCCUGAAAGAAAUACUGAACAAAAACGUAACGUAAGUGUGUAUAAGACAGCUGUACCAUGCUACAGUAUUUCUACUUUUUGCUGCAACUUACUUGUCACAAUGAGACCAGUUCCUGAAAGCAAAUUGGAAGCAGCUGUGCUUGCAACAUCUGCAUUAAAAGAAACUCAAGGAGCACCAGUUCACAUGGGUAACCCUGGUCUGUUGGGAAUACAAGAUCUUUCCAAGCCAGACUAUGGAGAUCCAGUUCGCCUUCACCCUGGUGAUAUCCCAGUGUUUUGGGCCUGCAGUGUAACAGGAAUAGAAGCAGUCAUCAACUGCAGAUCUCCAUUGGCUUUUACUCAUUCUUUUGGCUGCACGUUUAUUACUGACCUCAAGAAUGACAAAUUUACACUCAGAUCCUCAAGAGAAGUCCCACAAGUCCAUUGCAUUUCACAAGAUCCUUUGCAUUACAGUAUGGUGUCAACAGAAGCAGCAAAAAAGAUAAAGACUCUAGAGGGCCUAAUUGGAAUAGAUCCAGGCAAUCGGGGCAUUGCUCAUUUACUCCACCCCGGGGAGCUGCUGAAGGCCUGCCUGUCCCUGUCCCAUGCUCGGUCCGUGUUGAUAACCACCGGGUUUCCCACCCACUUCAAUUAUGAGCCGCCGGAAGAGAACGACGGGCCCCCAGGAGCCCUUGCUAUUGCGGCCAUGUUGCAGGCCUUGGAGAAAGAUGUAGCCAUAGUAACAGAUCAGAGAGCCAUGGAUCUGAAUAAAAAGAUUAUUGAAGAGGCUGUGCAAAUAGGCAUCCUGAAGGAACCUGUCCCCUUACUGAGUUAUCAAAGGGAAAGUGCCGAUUCAGCUCUAACAUUUUUGUGUGAGAGUGGGAAUCCCAGAAGACCUAGAUUUGAUCACCUGAUAGCAAUAGAGCGUGCUGGGAUGGCUGCUGAUGGCAAUUACUACAAUGCCAGGAAAGUGAAUAUUAAACACCUAGUGGAUCCCAUAGAUGAACUAUUCUUAACUGCACAAACCAUUCCAGGAAUAACAACAACAGGUGUUGGAGAUGGAGGAAAUGAAUUAGGAAUGGGCAAGGUAAAAGAUGCUGUGAAGAAGCACAUAAAAAAUGGAGAUGUUAUAGCUUGUGAUGUUGCAGCUGACUUUGCUGUUGUAGCUGGCGUCUCUAACUGGGGUGGCUAUGCCAUUGCUUGUGCUCUGUAUAUUCUCAGCACCUGUGAAAUACACGAUUGCUACCUGAGGAGAGCUGUUGGGUUUUCACAGUUACCAAAGAAGACUGUCUGGCUGUCGGCUCUUCCAUCAGUUACAAAGGAAGAGAAGCUUCUGAAAGCACUGGUGCAGCUUGGGGUCCGCAGUGGAGCAUCUGCCAGCCUGGAAAUGGAGGUGGACGCACUGCCCUUCUACAACAUCCAUUCAGACAUGAUUGAAAAACUACUGCAGGAGGUGCAACACUGACUGCUCCCUGCUGAUUUCUACAUCAGAAAAAGACAAGUCCGUGUCUUUUAAGUACUGGACUUUCAUGUCUGGUGUCUUGUCAAUGCACAACUACGUAUUAUUGCCUUGACAAAAUUUCUGUGAAAUGGGAGGAGCUACCACAAUGAUUCAGUCUAGCUUUCUUCCAUGUGAUUGUAUAAUGGAUAUUAACAGAUAUCACACACUAAGCAGCGAUCUGGAUUUUACAAAGAAAUCUUCUCAUUAAAAUGAAAUACAAUUGCAUUGCUGUUCCUGUUUUGCUAACCUCCUCACUGCGACAGGAAGUAAGUCUUGUAGCAACUUGGAUUUAAAAAUACGCUGUGGUGGGGAGAACAGCUGCAGUGGUGUGCUCAAAACAAAACAAAAACCAGAACGUGUUAUGGCAGUAAAAAUGGUUAAACAGCCCCUCUAGCACUGUCUUGUCACGGCGGUAGAAAUGUGAUGAGGUGAGGAGAGGGCUUUAAUGAGAGUAAGGGCAGCCUUGCAGGCUUUCUGUGUGAAGGGAAGGCUGUACUGAUCGCCUCCUUUAUGUUAGAAGUUCACCACUUGUGAAUUUUGUCCCUUUCUGCACAGUACAGAAAUACUGCAGAUAUUUUACUCUUAGCAGGAUACCAUAAAGGAGUUAAAUACACAGUGAUAAAAUAUUAAUGCUUAUUAAAGUGCAAUCAGAAAUUAAA